AUGCCGAUGGUACUUCUCAACGACGGCACACGUGUCCCCGCCCUCGGAUACGGCACCGGCACCAUCCACCGCGAGCACGACACCACCUCCACCAUCCUCUCCGCGAUCUCCGCCGGGUUCACCCACCUCGACGGCGCGCAGUUGUACAAGAACGAAGAGUUCCUGGGCGCCGCGAUCGCGACGUGCGGCCGGCCGCGCGCGGAUCUCUAUAUCACUACCAAGCUCAACAAACUCCCCGAGGGCCAGAGCGUACGCGGCGCGCUCGAAGAGUCGCUCCGGAAGCUGCGGGUCGACUACGUCGACAUGUUCCUCAUCCACGUGCCCAUAUUCUUCGCGGACCUCAAGGCGACGUGGCGCGAGAUGGAGGGCGUGAAGGAGGCGGGGCUCGCGCGGACGAUCGGGCUGUCAAACUUCAACGCGACCCAGCUGCACACGAUCCUGGAAGACGCGAAGGUCAUUCCCGCGGUCAACCAGGUCGAGUAUCAUCCGUACGUGUACGACACGAACAAGACCCUCGUCGCCAUCCACGAGCGGCACGGCAUCGCGACCGCUGGCUACUCCGGGCUUGCGACGUUGACUCGGUUCCCGGACGGCCCCGUCGACUCAGCGCUGCUGGCUCCCAUUCGUCGGCGUUUGGAGAAGGAGGCAGGAGCACCAGUGACUGAGGCUCAGGUGCUUCUCUUGUGGCAUCGCGCACACGGGGUGAUAGAGAUCACGACUAGCUCCAAGGCAGAGCGCAUGCAGGAGUACCUCGAUAUUUUGCGCCUUCCCGACUUGACAUCGGCGGAGGUGAAAACAAUAGAUGAUGCUGGAUCCACAGUCCAUCGCCGAUUCUUCGUAAGCAAUUUAUGUUCCAAAGCCUCUACGCGACUGAUGGGGCUAUUAUCCAGUGCAAGAACUGGAUGGAUGCGUGAGCAAGCUAUCUCCGUCGCUGUGGGGUUCGUUUGGGCCAUUUCGCGCACUGCGAUGACAAAAGCAAGUGCACUUUACCCAGAUGAUGAUACAAAUACGUGCGCAGGCGCAAGGUAG